AUUCAGACAGAUUCCUGUAAAAAUUGAUGAUCACCAGAGAAGCUUACCGUCAGAGGGUGGGACCAUCGGCGUCGCUGGUUCCGGGUCUAACCAAGUGCUGACAUCUACAACCGAAUAACAGGUACGCGAUGUCUUAUCGAGGAAAGUACGAAACGUGAAAGGCUACGAUGAAAGGAAAUUAACCUGACUUGUCAUAAGUACAAUCAAUCACAUUAUGGACAUACUCGAUGAAGAAAUUUUCGAUGACGAGGGGCUGGAAAACGAGUCGAAAGAAUCUGUCACUCAUCACGAGAAUGAGGAAAACGAAGAGGAUUAUGGCGAACAUCAAGAAGAUCCGACGGAUUCUAUUCCAGCUGAUAUUGACGAGGAAACUCUCAAGCAAAUGGAACGUGAUUUUUGUUUGAUCAGAUUAAGCUGGCCAGAAAUCGAUCUCGGGGAUACUUGGGCCGCCCAAUUACCACCGAGUUAUCGGACUGUCAGCGGCAAAGAGAAGAACUUGCUUUACCAUGCCGAAAAUUUCCGGAAACAAUACCACACGAUUUACCCGGAUAGAAAACCGCUAUUGUUGGCGGUUGACAACGAAUGCGGUGUUCAGAAAUUUGUCUCUACCAGCAUAAGGCCGAGUACACUGCUCUAUCCCGAGCUUUACACUUGGCAGGGAUGUGCGAACUUUGUGAGUGAUCACCUGGAGUACGAGCCACCUGAAAGGCCACUCAACAUGGAAUACAAGUGA